AUGACAUCGACUAUAAUGGAUGUUCCAACAUUACAAAUUGAUGCCAAUGGUUUACAGAACCUUAUUCGUUUUAUUUAUAAACAUGAAAGCCUAUUAAAACAAUUUGGCACAUUUAAAAUCCGACCACAUAUUGAUUGUAAAUUGGCAUUAAAAAAACGACAAAAAAACUUAGUCUUACCACCGAUUACUAAGCAAAUUACAAAGAUGGAUGCAAAUGAACAUAUCUACUUUGUAAAAGAUCUUAACUCUACUAAUGAAUCUUCUCAAAACUGUUCAAUUGUGACAGAUGAAUGUAGUUUUUGGUCAUCGUUAUAUUGUUCGAGCCAGAAACAACAAUCGUUGAAUAUCUCAUUAUCAUGCAAUACAAGUUUUUUUUCUGAAAAAACAGCUCGCUCACUUUUUGAUCUCCAUCGUUUACCCAAUCAAUCACUUUUACAAUUAACUAAAGCCCAUGUACGACGACAAAUAGUUCCAUGUGUAAGACGAGCACAUGGACCAGGUGCAAUAUUUCCAUUCAGUUGUGUUAAACAGCGUCUUUUUUCUAUUGAUUAUCAUCAUGAAGGUGGUGAUCAUUAUUGGUAUAUGAUUCCUAAUUGUGAACGAGAGCUUCUGCAGAAAGUACUUAAUGAAACAAACUCUUCUAUUUGUCUCGAUCAUGGACAAAUAUUUAUUGAUCCUUUUAUUCUGGAGAAAUAUUGUAUUCGUUAUUAUCGACUUACGCAACAUCCGGGCGAGUUUGUUGUUUUAUCAGCUGGUACUCUAUCGCAAAGUUUCACUAAAGAUGCUAGUUGGAGUGAAUCAAUUCCUUUUGCUUUACCAAGUUGGAUUGAAGAUGGUCAUGCAGCUAUUCCAUUGUGUCAAUGUGAUGUUUCUCACCAUUCAUCAGUAGAAACAAUUGAUAUUACACAAUUUACAGAAGAACGUAUACAAAAAUAUGUACAUAUUUAUCUUAAUAUAAAUAAUGAUAAUAAAUUAAUAACUUUAAAAGAUCAUCAUGAUAUGAAUGUAAUUACAAAACCAACAUCAGAUAAUAUUGAGAACAAUUCAUCAAAUGUUGAAAUGAUGACAUCAACAAAUAUGGAAGUGAUUGAUUCAUUCCAACCAACAACAUCAUCUUUAACAAUAUCACCAAUAUCGCUGUUACCGUCAUUAUUUAACAGUAGUGCUAUAUUGGAGAAAGAUAAUCGAAAUAUCGACGACACCAAUAUUCCAGUACAAUAUAAAGUAUUAGAAGAAGGUAUUUUUCCAGAUAAAUCUGGAUGGAAUGUAUCCGAAGCGACAUUGAUCAAUUUUAUUUCGAGUGGACAUCAGUUGGCAUCGAAUAUGCAAACAAAUCAACGUCAUCAAAUUACAUCUACAUCUACAAAUAUUCAACAGAAUGUUAUGCACAAUUGUAACAUGGCUAAUCGUUUUCCUUCCAUUGAAGAACUCUUAGAUUUGGUACCUAAUAUGGCAGAUGAUACAACAUCCAUAUAUGGAUAUUCUCAUGAAAGCAAUUAUUCAACUGGUCCAUCAACAACUUCAUCGAAUGAAUACAUAACAGUUGUUGGUGAGCGAGAUCGUUUGAAAAAGGAAGAAAUAUUUAAUCAAGGAAAUAUUGAUCUUAGAAAACUAUUUGUGUCUGGAUUAAGAAAUGAGAUUAAUGCAAACGAUAUACGCAAACAUUUCAUUAGAUGUGAAAAGGUGAUAAUAAAACGAUAUCGCACAACACCACAUCUAAAAUAUGCUAUUGUUGUUCAUAGAACAUCUCUAGAAGCUACAGAAAAUCUUCGACGACCCAUUGAUCUCAAUGUUUUUGGUAAUGAAUGUCGUGUUGAAUAUGCCAGACGUCGUUCAAUACUUCAUGGUAACCAACAAGAUUUUGAUCAGAAGAAAGUUGUUGUUAGUCGUAUACCGGAAAAUGUUAGCGAAAACGACUUGUGUCAUUCAUUUCCCAAUUGUCGUUUGAUAGAAUAUUGUCCAGCACGCACCGUUUAUUGCGAAACCACGAUAACAAAUAUGAAAGACAAUAGCAAUGUAUUAUGGGGACAUGCUAUUCUUCUCUAUGAUAAUGAACAAUUAGUAGCUAAUGUAAUCGAACAUGCUGAACAAUACUGGAUCAAUGAACAACAAUUAACUGUCUCCUUAUAUCGCAAUAAAAGAUCGUUGUGUCCAGCAAGAAAAUAA